UUCAGAUUCUUCUCUUUAGUCUCUUGUUUCUAACACUCACGAUCCUCUUCAUAAAUGGCUUCAGCGUGCAGCAGAAUCGCGCAAAGAGCUUCUUCAUUUUCUUCCAUAAAAUCAACCAUCAAAUCCACUCUUCGCUCUUCAUCCUUCUCCAACACCGCCACCACUACUUCUCCUCUUCGCCAAUCCAUUUUAACCAGGGUUGCUCCGGAACUGAGAUGCGCGCAGUCGAUGCUGCCACUGCAUAGUGCGGUUGCGACGGCGAGGAUGACGUCAUGCCUGAGAACAACAUCUCGGAGCUGCCGAGCGCUAUCACAGGGCACAUAGUUAAUUGGGAGCUUGCGGGACCAGUCACUUUUGACCUACUGCCUCAUUACCAAGUAUGAAAAGAUUAAGUGUUCUUUUAACAUUUAAUAAUAAUCUCUUAGCAAUCUUAUAAUACAGCCGUAUCUGUUUCAUAAAAAUGUUCUGAUUUUUCACCAAUGUAUGUUAGGAUAAGAAUGGAUUUCAUGUGCAGUAAUGCCCUCCUCUUUUCUUUUGUUUUGGAAUUGAAAAGUGGAAUUCAGAUGUUUGACGAAUGAAAAUUGUGAAGUCGAAUUUAGCAUCAUUUCUAGAAUAAUUGACAACAUUCAUUCCUUUUUCUUCGCUCAAUAUUUUCUUGCUAAGGCUUUGAGGUUGAGUAUCUUGCACUUGUAAUCAAUUGCUCUUUGAAAGAGGUCUGGUGAUUUCCUUUAGAAAACCCCAAAUGACUAGUUCUUUGCUAUUUUUCAUGUGCUUAAAUGUAGCAAAUGUGAUGAACAAUUAAAACAUUAGAUGGGGGCAUUUUUGGCAAUCUAUUUCAGUUUGAUGUGUUAAGGAGGCCUAUAGAAGUCCUUGUAAGGAGGAAGGAGAGUGGAUAAGAUGAAUGUUAGUCUAAUGGAGGAGGUGGAGGGAGACUUGGAAACCAUGGAAGAAACUAUUAAAACAAUUUAGAACUUGGUAAUCUAAAUAUGAACAGGAUUUCAUGCGUCAUCUAAUCAUUGUUUGUUGCCAAUCUCACCAAUUGGGUCAAGAGUCCAGACUUAGUAAUUGUGGUAGUUGUUGUAUUUUGGUUUGAUGUUCCAUUGGACUAGUUGCAAUGUUUUUUCCAUCCAUUAAUUAGUAUGAUGAUUCUGGUGUGGUGGAUACAAUUAGAUUCCAAAAUUUUCGUUGUGAGGUCAAUUUAUUACCAUACUUCCACUGCUCCUUAACCUUAGCAAAUAACAUAUAUGUAAUUCUUUAAAUUAAUAAAAUAACCAUGCUACGAGAUGGUUACCCACAUCUUUCUUGUGUU